UUUUUUUUUUUUUUUUAGUUAUCAACAAUGGUUAUACAAGAAAGCUUUAGUGACUCCUUUUGGUCUUCCUCUUCAUCCUCUUCGAAUAUUAUGCCAGAUUACACCACUGGAAUCCAAGUAUUACACGAUAAACUAAUUCAUUCUAUCCAUGAAAAUCAAGCCAUUACUGCUUAUUUACAAAAGCGCAUUGAUACAGAAACAGAAGUUACAGAACUACUCUCUUCAAAACUUGAACCUGCAAUUGAUCUUGCUCUUAAACAAAUGGACGAUACCAUCAACACCAGCUUAGGAAGUGCAUUUGAUAUGAUUUGUCAAGAAAGCACCGAAACAAUUCAUUGCCACAAGUUACGAGCCAAUUUACUUGCUCAGGAAAUACUUGAGCCAUUAUUGGAUUUUACACAUACAUUUGAACAACAGAUCUUGUCUGAUAAAGCAGCACUAGACGAACAAAUAGAAGAAUUCAAACAUGAAGCACAAUCUGCUCGCAUGACUCGGUCAGUGUAUUGGUCUCGGUGCCGUGCAUUGGAGUCUGCAUGUCCUCGAUUUAGACCACUCCUUGGCUUACCUUAUCAAGAAAUAGCCUGUUGUUUAAGGGAGCUCAAUGGAACACAGUUGACGAGCCAAGAUAUAUUUGAUUGUAUUCAGAAAGAGAAUCAUGAUCUGACCCAUUCAAAAAGUCAGGAGAUUUGUGAGAAUUUAGUGGCACUCGAGUUUUUGAGGCCUGUGAAUGGCACACUUUAUCAAGUGCAACACGAUGUGAUUUAUCGAUAUCUGGACAGAUCUAAUAAUAAUAGUUUAUGGACCGGACUUUUUGAUCGAUUUAAAUCCUCCAAUGAUACUGUCCUUAGAGCAUACACAGAAAUGGUAGAAGCAGACAACGCCUACAAGAACAAGACAAAAGCAGUAAACAAAAUGAGAAUGAAACUAGAAGAAGAUCUGCUUGUUUAUUUAGAUAGCAUGGAGCAAUUAGAAAAAGAAAGAAUCCUCAAAGUGAAAGAAGCAUUUAGUAACAUGGCUGUGACACUCUCCAACUCAGUAUCUAUUUUCAAAGAAACUUAUAAUCGUAUGGCUCUUUUCCAAGAAACGGUUAAGCCUGAACAAGACAUUCGUUGUAUUGUUGAACAGUUUAAAACAGGCCCUUUUUGUCCAAGGCCAUUUGUCUAUGAAAACUAUUAUUUUGGUUCUGCUUUAGAUCAAGUGUUUGGUGUUCCGAUUGAACAAAUAACACAUACUCAUGGCACAACCAUUCCGCCUCUUCUAACGCAUGCCUUUCAGAUCCUUGAACAAAAUUUUGAGAAAGAUCAAGAACAUCAUAAAGACGUUUGGUUUCAUACAAAGUCUAUUAAAGAAAUCAAUCUGUUAUGCGAGGAAUUAGAUCGAUAUACAGAGCCUGCUCAGUUAAGAAAAAGACUAGAAAGUUACGAAAUUACUACCGUAGCCAAUCUUGUUCGUAUCUACCUGUUGGAGCUACCUGAAUGUCUAUUGACAUUUGAUUUUUAUGAACCUGUUAAAAUACUUUAUUCGACUCCACAAGAAUUAAAGAGCAGACUAGCAUCUGUUAGUAAAUUAUUGGCUACACUAUCGCAAUCUAACUAUGAUACACUGAAAGCCCUCAGCUCCUAUCUAUUCAACAUACUACAGCAUAGAAAGACAGACGAUUUACUCAACCACCUCUUGACACUUUUUGAGCAUGUUCUAUUACGUCCACAAAAGUAUUCCUCUAUGAAUGUUCAUGAUCGUCACCCUAAGAAAUUAAUGCGCGACUUGUUUUCUUGUUACAAUGUUAUCUUUACUGAAGAAACGGAUAAAGCACAGAAAUAUAAUGCUUCUAGAUCGUCCAUUGUCGCUACACCACCACCACCACCUAAAGACACCAUUCAUCAAAGCUUUCUCAACUUAAAUCAACAUCACAAUUUAGAACUAUCAAAGCCUACUAGUCCUGCUAGUCUUCCUAUUGUGCCUCAUGGGUCCAUUACGUUAUUUGAAGAUCCUGAAUAUAGUCAAGCAUCUACACCUACACAUCCCACAUUUAUCCUAAGUGCUGAUGAUGAUAGAGUGGACCUUGCUCGACUUUCUACUGAUGUCAGUCUCAUUUUGGACUCUGAAGAUAGUGAUGAUACAAGCGAAACAAGGCAUUCUGUUCGCUCACGGUCGUCUACCAAAGACACGUUAGAUAAUGUUGACUUAGAUGAAAUUUGUCGUUUGAAUAAAUAGACUAUAGCACGAAAACACAUAAUCUUUUUCUAUGGUUAAUUUUGUUAUACACUAUUAUAAAACCUUUGCGCUCUUCAUCAGGAACUCUU